AUUAUGGCUGCAGGAAAAUUUGCAAGCCUUCCGAGAAACAUGCCUGUGAAUCACCAGUUCCCCCUGGCUUCGUCCAUGGACCUUCUGAGCAGCAAGUCAUCGCUCGUUGAACACCGCACAGAUACCUAUCAGGACGUGUCUAUACACGGCACCCUUCCACGGAAGAAAAAGGGCCCUCCUCCCAUAAGGUCCUGUGAUAACUUCAGUCACAUGGGUACCCUCCCUCACUGCAAAUCCCCACGGCAGAACGUGCUUCUGACCCAGGAUGUCAUCCAGGAGAACCUGCUGCAAGACUGGAAGGGUGAAACCUCCACCUCCAGGGGUCAGCAUCUUCUGGACCCAACUCUGGAGUAUGUGAAGUUUUCCAAGGAGAGGCACGCCAUGGACAGGACCCCCGAGAGGCUGAAGAAAGAGCUGGAGGAGGAGCUGCUGCUGAGCAGUGAGGACCUGCGCAGCCACGCCUGGUACCACGGCCGCAUCCCUCGACAGGUGUCAGAAAACCUCGUGCAGCGCGAUGGCGACUUCCUGGUUCGAGACUCUCUGUCCAGCCCGGGAAACUUUGUCCUGACCUGUCAGUGGAAGAAUUUCCCUCAGCACUUCAAGAUCAUCCAGACGGUCCUGCGGCUCAGUGAGGCCUACAGCCGCGUGCAGUACCAGUUUGAGAUGGAGAGCUUUGACUCCAUCCCCGGCCUGGUGCGCUGCUAUGUAGGCAACCGCCGGCCCAUCUCCCAACAGAGUGGAGUCAUCAUCUUCCAGCCAAUCAACAGGACGGUGCCUCUGCGGUGCCUGGAGGAGCGCUAUGGCACCUCCCCAGGCCGAACCCAUGACGGCAGCCUCCCUGAGGGACGUCCCGACGUGGCCAAGAGGCUGAGUCUCACCAUUGGUGGAGUGCAGGCCCGAGAGCAGAGCUUGCCCAGGGGAAACCUCCUCAGAAAUAAAGAGAAGAGCGGUAGCCAGCCAGCUUGCCUGGAUCACAUGCAGGACAAAAGAGCCCUAUACCUCAAAGCCCACCAGUCGGAAAGUUACCUGCCAAUUGGAUGUAAGCUGCCCCAGCAGUCCCCAGGGGUGGACACAAGCCCAUGCCCGAACUCACCUGUGUUCAGGACGGGCAGUGAACCCACCCUGAGCCCAGCGCUGGUUCGGAGGGUCUCCUCGGAUGCUAGGGCAGGGGAGGCACUGAGGGGCUCGGACAGCCAGCUGUGCCCCAAGCCACCUCCCAAGCCUUGCAAAGUACCCUUCCUCAAGGUCCCUGAACUUCCACCCUCUUGGUCUAACUCAGAGGCCCACUACUGUGAACUGAACCCAGCCUUUGCCACAGGCUGUGACAGGGCAGCUAGGCUGCCCUUAUGUGCCCAGGGCAGCUCCAUGGAGCUACUGACAGCCAGACAGAAUGGGGCCCUGGGGCCCCGGAACUCUGGCACCAACUACUUGAUCCUUGAUGACGAUGAGGGGGCAAGACCUUGGGAUCCAACAGCAGGACAGAUGGACCAAGGACAGGAGGACAAGGGGGAGUUUGUUAAGCCCCUCAUGGAGAGUGUCUCCUCGUUCAAGCCCAAUGACUUUGAGUCGAAGCUCCUUCCUCCUGAAAACAAGCCUCUGGAAACAGCAAUGCUGAAACGUGCAAAAGAACUGUUCACCAACAAUGACCCGAAGGUCAUCGCUCAGCACCUGCUGCAGAUGGACUGCAAGGUUGCUAGGAUACUGGAGGUCUCUGAAGAGAUGCGGAGGAACAUGGGCGUGAGCUCAGGCCUGGAACUCAUUACCUUGCCGUUCGGACACCAGCUGCGCCUGGAUAUAAUCGAAAGACACAGCACAAUGGCGAUCGGCAUCGCAGUGGACAUUCUAGGCUGCACGAGCACAUUGGAGGACCGAGCCGCCACUCUCAAUAGGAUUAUCCAGGUGGCAGUGGAACUGAAGGAUUCCAUGGGAGACCUCUAUUCUUUCUCCGCCAUCAUGAAAGCUUUGGAGAUGCCACAGAUCACAAGGCUUGAGAAAACGUGGACUGCCCUGCGGCACCAGUUCACCCACACUGCCAUCCUCUAUGAGAAGCAGCUGAAGCCCUUCAGCAAACUCCUACACGAAAGCCGAGAGUCCACGUGUGUGCUCCCAAGCAAUGUUUCAGUCCCACUGCUGAUGCCCCUGGUGACCUUAAUGGAGCGCCACGCUGUCACUUUUGAAGGAAUUGACAUGUGGGAGAAAAACGACCAAAGCUGUGAGAUCAUGCUGAACCACUUGGCUACAGCCCGACUCAUGGCAGAGGCUGCUGACACCUACCGGGUGAAUGCUGAGAAGAUCCUGGAAGGUUUCCAACCAGAUGAAGAAAUGAGUGAAAUCUUCAAGACUGAAUUUCAGAUGAGACUGCUGUGGGGCAGCAAAGGUGCACAAGUCAACCAGACAGAGAGAUAUGAGAAAUUCAACCAGAUUUUAACUGCACUCUCACGGAAAUUAGAACCUCCUCUUGUUAAACAGCCAGAACCCUGA